AUGGCCAUCAUCAAGUUUGGUGACGGCUUCGUUCAUGGCUUGCACCAAGUCAAGCUCUCCGACUUGCUUAAGCUCCAGGUCAAUCGUGUUGUUAACUUAGCCGGGCAGGUGGGUCGGCAUUUCGGGAACUCGUUGCUUGUUCUUGGGUUGAUUUACUAUAGGUCGGAAAGUGGGUUGGUGAGUUUGACAGAUACUGAUGAUUUGUUGAACAUUGUUGUGGUUGGGCUCAAUAUUGGGUCGAGUUACUGGGCUUUUGGUGGGAUCCGGUUAACCACGAUUGCGGGGGGCAAUGAUGGUGUCAUGGCCGCAGCUGCGGUGGCCAGGAAGCAUGCUGUUAAGAGAUUUGUGCCCAUGUAA